ACAUACACACAGACACACACAGAAAAACACACACACACAUAUUCAAACACACACACACACACACACACACACACACCAAGACCGAGCCUCUGGGACUAGAAAAAAACUUCAAUACAACAGAAUAAUAGUGGCAUUAGUGUGUGUGUGUGUGUGUGUGUGUGUGUUUGUUUUUGCAUGUGUCUGUGUGUGUGUUUGCGUGUGUGUAUAUGUAUGUGUGUGUGUGUGUGUGUUUGCAUGUGUCUGUGUGUUGCUAACCUUUUGUAAAGACAUCCACAUUCACACAGCGAUUUGAACCAUAUAGAUCCAUGAUAGCAGGAUGUGCAGGUCUAGUUGUGUCGAACCUGAAUGUGUUGAGGCCUACUCAGACCAUGGUGAGUGUCCACCCUGAGAUCCCUUCUCUAAUGAUUUCUGUCUUCCCUCACUUUCUAUACAGUAGAUCCCUUCUCUAAUGACUUCUGUCCUACUUCACAUUCUAUACAGUAGAUCCCUUCUCUAAUGACUUCUGUCCUCCUUCAUUUGGGAUGUACACAUUGUCUUAAAAGAGCCUAUGCUUAAAGUUGUUGUCUGGUUGAAGAACUCUCUCUCUGUCUCUCUCUCUCUCUCUCUCUCUCAGUGAGAGUACAGAGAGAAAGAGGGGGAAAGAGAGAGGGGGCGUGCUCUAACAGAAAGAGGGUGUGGGGAGGAGAGCUAAAUAGUUAUUUUCUAACUCCAUGUGGUUCACACUGAGAGGUGUCUCUCUAAGAGAGAGAGAAUAUUGUAUUUAUUUUCUCACCAUUUAUCACACGGAAUAAAAACCUUGUUAAUCUGGGAUUAUCUUCAAUCUGAAUUCAGUAAAACAGAUUUAAUCUCAGACGGAUUCCUCUUGUGGGACUAGUUUUAUUAGGAUCCUACUAGUUGUUAUAAUACCAGUCUGUCUCUGAGAUGGGGUCCAGAACUCUUCUACUUGUUCUGGGUCUUCAUGUCACUCUACUGGGGAACCUAGAGGCCAGAGAUUGCGGCCUGGGCUUCAUAUUCAAAACAAGAAAACAAUGUGAUGAUACAGAUGAGUGUAAAGACUGGGACAGUACCCCAACCUGUGGAAGUAAUGCCACGUGUUACAACACACAGGGGAGCUUCUACUGUCAGUGUCUACCUGGGUUCAAAUCCACAACGACUGUCAACUUCACCUUUUCUGGACAGUGUACUGUACUGACCUGUGACCAGGUCAAAGCAGAUCAGACUCCUGAACAGACUGUCCCAGGUUUAGCUGGUCUCCUGUCUCUGAUGAGGAAAAGCUGUCUGGCGUUAAGUAACUCUGGGGAAGCAGCCGGAGGGAGACUGACUGGAGAGGUGUUACUGGAGAAUGUCUUGACAGAGAUAGACAGUCUCCUGUCUCAAGGUAUCCUAAGCAACAGCCGGGAGGUGAGUGGGUUGCUAGGCGUCGUGGAGGACACCUUGAUGCUCAUCGGGCCACAGCUCAGAGACACCCACACCACCAUGGAAACAGACCACACAGCUACUGAGCUUGCAAUGAGGAGGGGACAGACUCCGCCCAUUGGGCCAAUCAGCCUGGCCAAUGACAACGUGCGACUGGACACCAGCUGGGAGACAGCCACUGGCAACGGGACGUACCCAGGUUUCACUCUGGCUGGGUUGGUGUGUUACAAGACAGUGGAGAGAUCUGUCAACAACUCCUUCCAGUACCUCACUGACACGGACACAAACAGAGACACAGCAACCGCCACAGCAUCAAAGCCUAGCUACCAGAUCAGUUCCAAGGUGGUAACAGCUCUCGUCAGUAACCCAGCAACAGAACACCUCACCCAGCCUGUCAUCCUCACCUUCAGACAUCUACAGGUGAGGGCGGAGUCAGCGGAGAUGAACUAUACCUGUGUGUUCUGGUCGGAGGGGCGUGUCCAUGAAGAGGGAGGGGCGUGGUCAAGGAGUGGCUGUACCAAAGUCACGUCUAACGCUACACACACCGUGUGUUCCUGUUCCCACCUUAGCAGCUUUGCUGUUCUCAUGGCCCUCUACCCUGUAAAGGUAUACACACACACACACACACACACACACACACACACACGGUGAUGUCAAUAUAAUGCUCCUUACCUUAUGUUGUCAGUUGAGUAGGUUGAGUAAUGAGUUAAAGGCUGUGUUGUUGAUCUGAGGAUAGCUGAAGAUGCUUAACGUUAACCUCUUUGGGAUGGGGGGCGGUAAU